UUUUAUGAAAUAUUGUCAAUAGUGUACUUUAAUUUCUCACUUAGCUUAUUGUUUUUAUUUUAUUUUGAUUACUUAAUUUGUGAUAUAAAUAAAAGUACUGUGUGAAAUUGUGUAAUGUGGAGGCGGCUUCCUCAAGGAGGUGCUGAAGUUUGAAGAUUUUGUUUUGCAAGAGAAGAGUUGUUGAAUCGGCGUUCUAUUUAAUGCUUAAAGCGGACACAAUGAUCACCGAAGGUGAAGGAGUGAGGGCUGAGGCGCCAUGAGCGCGGGAGUGUUGCGGAGCGGCGCCGCGGGCGACGCCACGCCCGGCUCCGACGGCGACCCCAUCACGCGUCUGUUCCCCAAGUGUAGGCCCAAGUACGCGGGCCAGCAUCACGAAAGACUGAAUUCUGGUAUAGAGAGCCGAGAUAUGAACAAUUACAUCAACAACGCGUCUUCGGACGACGAGCGUGAUAACGACGGCCAUGUCAUACUCAACAACAAGGGAGCCUAUAAGCUAAGGGAUUCUAGAAUAAUAGAAAUCGCCGGGGGCCGAGAGCUUUACUCGCAGAGUAGAACAAAGGCGGUGAGGAAAUUACGGCAUAACAAUACACAUAAGCACAACCUGAGGAACAAAAUAAGGUCUAUCAGCAAAGAAGCUAUUGAGUAUGGAAUGGACAACGUUUCACACGAGAUAUCGCUACACCGAAUUAACAGUGAGCCUAAGAAGAUGAUAUCCAGACACACGUCGCCAACAUACACGAACGGUCUGAGGACGGAACCGGACGCUAGUGACAAUGAAGUAGAUAUGAGUGUUAAAAGGACUUUAGACAGUUUGAAAAAUGGUGAUAUUGACCUUGUUAAUAAUAAGAGUGUUACUAGUGGAAGUGAUUCGAGUCCUUCGAAGGAUGAUGCGAGGCUUAGUGAUGGCAGUGCCACGGGUGCCUGGCUUUCGGGUGAUGAAGACAAGAACAGGGUGACUAGAGUGAUAGGCGAACUGCCGAUAGCGGAAUACGAAGGGUCUCCUAGAAGAUACGGAGUUGGAAGUCAGAAGAAUCAACUGCGCUCACCAAGGCCAGGAUUCCCGCAGCGAAUUAUAACGGAGAGUAGGGACGAGACGCCCCCGCGCAGCUCCACCGCGUUCGACUAUCUCUACGAGUUCUCGGAGACCAGGAAGGUACUCGAGGAGUUCUUCAAAUGUCCCCAACAGCAGAUCGGCACCGAUGAAAUUGUUAAUUUUCAAGAGUUAGACUACGAGCUGAGACGACAGACGCAAGAGUGUCCGUCGGAGAACAGUAUCGACGACAGCGAGUCAGAGUGGCCGCCGGCAGACAGCCUGCAUUCACCACAUACCACACACAACCAUACCAACUUCCUCGGCCUACAGCAACAGUGCACCCGCUACGGUGCACCGGACAUGUCAGCCCUGCGCGCUGGUCACUCAGCACUAGCAGACAAGGCCACCGAUAUGCCGCUCGAGGACGAGGAGGUGAUCGGGGACGGGGCCAGCGGGGACACCUCCCCUCGCCGCGAACUGGCCCUUGCCAUGUCCUCACCCGGCAGCGACUCGGACAGCGAUCUGUCGCUGGCGUUGAUGGAGAACGAACUCUCCGAGAUGAAAGUUCAAAUGGAGUUAAACCGCAUCAUAGCCUUACCUGUGGUGGAGGACGGCCUGUCGUCGGGCCACGCGUCUGAUUGUGACAAUAACAAUGAGAUACUGGCAAUACAGAAUCAUUCUCCGAUGAGGGUGCAGGAGAUAGUGGACAGCGGCACCAACACGGAGCCCCACGUGCUCACCGAUGCAGACUUACACUCACUUGAUCCUCUAGCGUGCAGUGCGGCACCCCCUCCCCCCGCGCCCGCCCCUCACCGGCCCCUCGAGCACACGCACACCUUGUCACCGCACGCUCACACACAGCUCACAAACUCGCACGGGGCCGUAUCCCCGCAUGGCACCGUCUCGCAGCAUGGCGCCAUCUCGCCGCACGGCACGAUCUCUCAGCAUGGCGCCAUCUCGCCGCACGGCACGAUCUCCCAGCAUGGCGCCAUCUCUCCGCACGGCACGGUGUCGCACGGUGCGGUCUCUCCGCACGGCGCAGUGUCACCGCAUGACACGCACUCACACACGCCCCACCAUCACCACUUGCAGCACGAUGAUGUGUAUCCCAGAAAGCGGCCGACGUCUGCACAAAGUACAGACUCCGUUGACAUCAAAGCGGCCAGUGGAGAUGAAGACGAGGCAGACACGGACCUCGAGACAGACCGACUGUUGGGUCAGCAGCGAACUGAUGAUCAAGGGUUCUUUGAUGAUAAGGGCUGGCGCAAACCGAAAUCUCGCACCGUGAUGCCGUCGGUGGGGUCUGCGGGAACCAACCGCGAGACGCAUGCGCACGAGAACAACGCGGAGUUCAGGGACGAGGAGACGCUGCACAAUGGGAAGGAUAAGGACGGAAAGAAGAAGAACAAAAAUAAAGAAGAUAUGGCAUCAGUGCUGAUUGAAGGUGUGCUAUUCCGCGCAAGGUACCUGGGUUCAACCCAGCUGGCAUGUGAGGGGCAGCCCACCAAGGCCACCAGGAUGCUGCAAGCCGAGGAGGCUGUCUCCAGAAUUAAGGCACCGGAAGGUGAGAACCAGCCCAGCACCGAAGUGGACCUGUUCAUAUCCACCGAGAAGAUAAUGGUGCUGAACACGGAGCUGAAGGAGAUAAUGAUGGACCACGCGCUGCGGACUAUCUCAUACAUCGCGGACAUCGGAGACCUGGUCGUACUGAUGGCCAGGAGACGGUUCGUGCCGCACGAGACCGACUCCGACCAACCGAAGCUCAGUCGCACGCCCAAGAUGAUAUGUCACGUGUUCGAAAGUGAAGAGGCCCAGUUCAUAGCCCAGUCCAUUGGGCAAGCGUUCCAAGUUGCCUACAUGGAGUUCCUGAAGGCGAACGGUAUCGAGGAUCACAGCUUCGUGAAGGAGAUGGACUACCAGGAGGUACUGAACAGCCAGGAGAUAUUCGGUGACGAGUUGCAAAUGUUUGCUAAAAAGGAGUUACAGAAAGAGGUGGUGGUGCCGAAGACGAAGGGCGAGAUCCUCGGCGUGGUGGUGGUGGAGUCAGGGUGGGGCUCCAUGCUGCCCACGGUCGUCAUCGCCAACCUGGCGCCCGCCGGAGCCGCCGCGCGCUGUGGCCAGCUCAAUAUAGGUGAUCAAAUAAUAGCAAUAAACGGCGUGAGCCUGGUGGGACUGCCGCUGUCCACCUGCCAGACGUACGUGAAGAACUCCAAGAACCAGACGGUGGUGAAACUGACGGUGGUGCCGUGCGCGCCCGUGGUCGAGGUCAAGAUCAAGAGGCCCGACACCAAGUACCAGCUGGGCUUCAGUGUGCAGAACGGAGUGAUAUGCAGCCUGCUACGCGGAGGCAUCGCGGAGCGUGGCGGCGUGCGAGUCGGUCACCGCAUCAUAGAGAUCAACUCACAGAGCGUGGUGGCCGUGCCGCACGAGAGGAUCGUCAACCUGCUGGCGACAUCUGUCGGAGAGAUACUGAUGAAGACUAUGCCGACGUCCAUGUUCCGGCUGCUGACCGGACAAGAGAACCCCGUGUUCAUCUGAGCAUCUACACAGAAGUGCCUCGCCCGCUUUCGUUCAUCGCACUACGCACCAACCUAAUGAACUCCUUGUCUGGGCUUUGGUCUUGAGAUAAUGUUCGCUUGAUAUACCGCGUAGUGUAAAGGUGUAUGCGCAUGUAUGAAACGCACGCACGGGCGUGUAAAUGUAAUUGUCCUUUUAUUAAAACAAUUUACGAUACACAGUAGUACAUAUGAAAAAUCUAAAAUCAAUUUUCAUUUUCGAAAUUCAAAUGAUCAUUUUUCUUUUUAAUGUGUUCAAAUAGGUUAUUACGGUUAAAACAUCGACCUGAUAAGCAAUCAUUACUUUACGAUACGUUAUGAUUAUUACCUGACCAAUCACGAUAUCUUGUCAUCAAUCUGACCAAUGAGCAGUCAGCAUUCCGCGCCAACUUACCUCGGUUGUUUGAUUGGUUUGUUUGCAUUGUUUAUUUUUCAGUUCAGAAGUUUUCGAGGCUCUAGUGAAUUACUGGGAUAAUAUAAUAUAUCCCUCAUAUAAUUACAACACACACACAUUCAUACAUUCUUCUUUUUUUUUUUUUUUUAGAUUAUCACCAUAAUAGUUAAAAGAAUCUAUAGAAUGUUAUUUGAUUAUAAUUUAAGCUUUCCAACUGUGUAAUCGGCAAUACAAUUAUAUAAUUUAAAGAAUUAGUUUGUGAAAUAGAAACGCUGUAAAGUGAACAUCUUAUGUCUCAGUGUCGAGUGUAAUUGCGGUGUCGCUCUAUGGGAAAUGGUUAAUUUUUCUCAUAAAACAAUAGUUUAGUUAAUUUAUAAGGUCUCGAUGGUAUAGAAUCGGUCAUAAUAUUAAAUAGCUCAAAUAUUUAACGUGCGUGCGUUGCAUUCCAGUGUAUAGUUCCCUUUACUUCACUUAAGAUAUGUUAGCUGUGGCUGAAGAGUAUUUUAACAAAGAUAUCUAACAAAACAUUUUGGUACAUAAUUAAUGUUGAGUUGAGAAUUAUUCGUGUGUUUAUAAGAUUACAAGAUACCUAAAUACUUAUUUUAAUAUAAGAUCGACUUUCAAAAUAUUCUAUUUAUUUGUGAUAAUUUCUCUACGUGACAGAACUGGUCAUUUUUUAAUGUGUUAAUCAAAGUAUAACAAGAGCGGAAACAUGAACCACCAUUGGAUAAUAUUUAUCAAAACUAUUAUCGCGACUGGUUUUUAACAUUUCUUAUUUCUAUUACUUACUUCGGUGCGAAAGAGAGAUGGGUGAUGAAUGAGUUGCGCGCUUAUCGCAGUGAACACACAGCCUAAUUAAUAAAUUCAUUAAUAAAACUUGCCGUUCAUCAACGCCGACUGUUAUUUAAAGGUAAUUUUUAUUUAUUUACAAAAACUUGAGGUCACGUGGCAAACUUUUACUUCUACCCUCAAGUGAUUAACAACAUUAAAAGAAUAUGUUAAAACUCGGGAUUAUUUAUACUUACCUCAAGAUAGACUGAGACAGUUUGGGAAAACGUCAUUGAAGUUGACAGUUAACCUCUAUUUUAAGCAAUGCUAACAAAAAGUGACAUACAAAUCGCGAGUGUAAGACGUAGCUUGUCACUCUCUAAAGUAAUAAACCUUGCCUCUUUUCAUCGGUUGUCUAACAGCAAGAUCUAGACAUAUAAAUUUUUUAAAGCUCGGGAGGAUGUUUAGGCUGUGUCAACACUGGUGAAGGUUAGCUUUGCAACAGUACUCAUUACAAUUCACGAGCUCAACAAUCGUGAUCGCUACAGUGCUUAAGUAAUAAGUAAAUAUAUAUUUAGAUGUAAGUUGUACAUUUUACACCGAAGGCUCGGAGGUGCUGCCACAGUGUUUUAAUGUGCCAUUCUAUCCAACAUAAAAUAAAACAAUUUAAUAUAUUUUAUUUUAUUGCUUUGCCGUGGGCGUUCUAUUAUGAAGAUUAAAAAUGUUGUUAUCCUUUUUUCAGGGUAAAUUUUGCCUAAAAUCUCGUGCCCAAUGUAACCAAGAGUACUUAUGAAUUUAUAGUAGUAAGCUUAGCUUAUAGUAGUAAGAUAAGCUUACUAUAUAAUUAUUACUAUUAUGCUGGUAAGUCAAGAGCUUGCUGGAGGUCAAUUUAUUUUUUUAUAGAUAACACCUUUUUUUAUAGAAUAGGAGGACAAACGAGCGUACGGGUCACCUGGUGUUAAGUGAUCACCGCCACCCACAUUCUCUUGCAACACCAGAGGAAUCACAAGAGCGUUGCCGGCCUUUAAGGAAGGUGUACGCGAUUUUUUUGAAGGUACCCAUUUCGUAUCGUCCCGGAAACACCGCACAAGGAAGCUCAUUCCACAGCUUUGUAGUACGUGGAAGAAAGCUCCUUGAAAACCGCACUGUGGAGGACCGCCACACAUUCAGAUGGUGGGGAUGAUAACACCUUUAAACAGCUAAAUAUGUCGUGCAUUCAGUGAAUAGGUUUAUGGUUUAAAGCGUUUGACAUUGACACCUGUCAAUGUCUUACGAUUUAUGAUGAAUAAGCUACCUCUCAGUGUACUACAGCACUCACGAUUCAAGCUUACUAAAUAUCACAAUAAUAUGCAAAAUGCCUAAGCAUUUAUACAUCUAGAAUCUAGAUAGACUGUGACACUUGUGAAAAAAUCGAAAAUAAUUGAGGUUGACAGUUAACCUCUAUUUUGAGACACUAACACAAAGUGACAUAGCGAGUGUAAGACGUGGCUAUUCACACAAAGAAAAACUAAACACUAAACUGUCACUACGCACUAAAGUAAUAAACUUGGCCUGUUUUCAUCGGUUGUCUAGGAGCAAGAGGCUCUAUCGAGACAUAUAAAUUAUCUAAUGCAAAAUAUAUAUAUUUGGCUUAAAUUAGCCACUAUUAAAUAGUAAUUGUAAAAUUUUAAUUGAGUUCUUCGUUUCUUAAUAUUUAAUACUAGCGAGAUAUAUCUUAACCAUUCUGUCAAAUGUCUACUAUGGCAGCGCCUGCGACGUCUGGGAUGUUAUCAUGACAAUUGUAUACAUAAUAUUGCAUAUUCCAUUAAAUAAUUUAUUUCUAUAUUAUAUUAUUAUGGAUUAUAUUAUCAAAUGACUCAUAUCUGCUUAGAUAUUGUUAAUAUAAGUGUCACAGUUGCCAUUUAAAUUAUGUACUUUAUGUCAUACCAUUAUAGAGUCUAUUUUGAUUGCUGUGUUUUAUAUUCGUAUUAAUCUCCUUAAUAUUAGUAAAAAUUUGCCAUAUUUUUAACAGCCUUUAGGAGCAUAGAUUUGUUUUUAUACGUUUUUUACAUUGUGUUGUUUUCGAUGCAUCCAUAGUUUAUAUAAGUUCAAAUGUACAGUUGGAUUGUUAUCAAUUUUGAUAUUGUAUCUCGUGUUGUAUGUAUGUAUGUCUAUCAUAAUACAGAAACCAAGGAAUCUCAAGUUAUGUGAAGAAUUGAUAAAAAUAUAAAGCAUUUUUUCAAGUAGUAUUUCAAGAUACAUGUCAUAUUUUGUAUAUUAUAUAUUGUGGCUACAGCAGUAUAUACAUAUAUAUGUAGUCUAUGUUUCUUAGCUAAUGUCGUGACUAUAACUAUGCGUAAAGAAUGAUAUUUUGAAUUAUGUAACACAUAAAGUAAUAUGUAAGUUUAAACCCCGCUUCCUUGUAACCAAAUUAUUGUGAUUGUUCUAAUUUGAUGUAAUUUAUUUCCCUUAAUUAUUAUGCUAUUAAUAUAUUCCCAAGUUCAGUGUCUAUAACAUUAAAUAAUUGAAAAUAAUGAAAAGGAGAUGUUGGAUUCAGUGUAUCAAUAUAUAUAUUAUAUAUCCUCGCUUAUCUUGCUGUAAUUAACUGUAUAACAAUAUGGUCAAUAAAUGUCCCAUAUUUAAGUAUAGAUAAUACAGUCUUAUAUGUAAUUUUGUAUCGCUAGCUGUUGUGAAUAAGAUUUAUUUACAUUGACAUAAAUAUAUAGUAUAGCAUAUUGUCGUGGAAGCUGGUAUAUAGUAGGAACACUGUAAUAUGUGACAAAACUAUUGUUGUUCUCAUUUCUAAGAGUAUUAUCUAGUCUGCAUUAAAGUUAAGAAUAAAUUGAAUAAA